AGAUUAAUGUAAAUUAACCCAGCUCUGUUUAUUGUAAUGUUUUGAACUGACCUGAAUGUAAAUAUGGAAUUUGUUAGUGAGCCAGUGGCCAGGCAGCAUUAUCACAGUGAGAAGAAAAUCAAAGUGUCCAUGUACAACAAGGAGCCCGACACCGCUUUCUCAUUCACUUUUGAUGACUGCCCCCUAUUGAAAACAACAUGCACGCCUUUUAAUUCUAUUCACAUGAUAUUUUUAGUAUGUGCGAGUACAUCACAGACAGCACACAACACACAAUUCACAAAAUACAAAUCAAGGGCCCCUUAGAGGAGGAAUCAGAAUAACUUGUUAGUGUGUUGCUUAAGUGGAAUGUGGGCCUAUUCUCUAAUACGUCUUAUGUAAAUCUCUGAUAAAACCAAAUUGCAUAACUUGCUCCCCAAAAGCUUCUUUGUCUCCACUUCAUUAUUUCCCCAGUAAAGGCCAUGUGUGCCUCAGGCCAGUUGUAAUUUGAUUAAUCCACAAGAAGGGUAGCCAGACGGUAAGAGCUUUCUCUGUUUCUCUCCAAUUUCCAACAUUGCAGAUCUCAUUUGGGAUUUUUAUUUGACUAACUUCAUAUCAUUUGAUUUUACUUAAAUAUGUAUUUCAUUUGUUCUUAUCCUUUCUAUUACAUUGAUGUCUUUUCAUAAUUUGAAUAUGAUUUGAUCAAAUAUUGAAUCUAUUGUUAGAGCAGAUUUUACUGCCUGUAUUCCAUUUCCAGCACAGCUGUGGAUUGUAUUGAGAGAGAGGCUGAACAGCUUUGGAAGAGAUGGAGACCCUAGUCUUUAUAUUUUCAUUUUCUGCCCUUGGCAUCCUUUACGCCAUGAAUACCAACCCUGUAUUACAAGAGUAAGUCAGAACAUUGUUUCAUUUCUUAUGGAUCAUUGUCUACAUGUAGUCUAAUGACUGUUUAGUUUUUUGACUGUAUUAUUUGGCUGCAAAACUGUACAGGAUAUAAACUGCAUAAUACAGACACAUUUUAUAACAAAAACAAACAAAAAAAGCAUUUCUACUGAACUAAUAGACUAAUAUUUUAUCAAAACUGUUAUGCUUGUUGUAAAAUAUAAGGAUAUAAAUUUAUAAUAGAGCAGGUGAUCCUUCCAAAAUCCUGUAAGAACAGGCAGUAUACUUGGCCACCACUAGAGAACACUGUAAGCCUGACGCUCUACAUUUAUUCCUCUCUGUAUCCGUUGUGACUUUCUCAUAAAUCCUUUGAGACCUUGUUAUUUCAUGAUUUUAUGUAUCAGUUGUGGCUUUAGACACUUAGAGUCCAAAAUGAAACCUUCUCUUAGGAGAAAUUUAAAAUAGGGAGGUCAAAGAAGGCACUGUGCUUGAAUAUUUGUGAAGGCAAUCUUAUACGUUGUUUGGUCACAUCUUUUAUUUUAGAUAUGAUGAAUUGUUUUCCUACUCCAGGGUUAGGUUGUAUAUCAAUUUCAUGCAGUACUGCCUUUAUAGUUUUGCCUUUAGUUGAUUUCUGCAAACUGCACCACUUAUUGGUUAAAUCACCAGAGCUGGUGGUAAACCACAUGCUAUUUUAACCUCAAUAUAUUCCUCUUUUCUCAGAGACUUUUAUUCCCCUCCUGUGUGCAUAUCUCUGCUGGCUCUUUUUUUGAGUGUGUGGACAUGGGCAAUCAAUACAGGCUGCACAGAACAGUUUGAUAAAUUGCCCUUGACAUACAAUAUGUCUCGUGCUCUUCCACUCUGCAAACAAACAGUAUUGUGUGCAUAAAUCUUUCUGUACUGUUGAAUUGGAGAGGUAGCUGGGGAGCUUCCCUUUGCUCUCACUGCAUUUGUUUUCCUUUCCCGAGCUCACAUAGUGAGUUUUACGGGGAUGGAAUGUUGUUUACUGUGAGAUACCUGGUGCACAUUAAUCUUUUUCAGUGCAAGGCUGUAGUACCUUUGACCAGUAAACACGCAGGCCAGAGCUGAACUAACACGGCCCUAACUUGCUGCUUCCCACAUCUUUGUCUAUGAUUGAUUACACUUUUUAAAGUUAGGCUUGUAAACUGUUGGUAUUCAAAGCAUCACAUGGAGAGCGAAUAUCACAAGUUUAGAGUUUAAUCAGGAAAAGUUGUUGGUAUUUAUACGAUAGAUGAACCAAAGGACAUAAAAACAUUAUUAUUCUCGCUCUGGAAGUACUGGAAAAUUGGACGACUGGAUCAGACUUGCAAGCACGGCAGAAACUUUUACGAUUAAACAAACCAUCCAAUGUACAUUAUACACAUCAAAAGGCAGUUAUUUUGAAAAAAACAUCCAUAAGUUUUUCAGAUAAACGCUAGCAACACAGAAUCAGAUUUUUCCACAUCAAACAGAAUCAUAUGGUGAAAUCGAAAGGCAAAUUCCAAGCUCUGACACUCAAUCAAUCAAAGCAUUUGCUUGAAUUAUUCUUUUAAAAGUAAACUGAGAUGGCAGGAGAUCGAAAGGAUAAAUUUGGUAAAAUAUGACUAGCUAACCAGGAAUCUCCCAGCACACAAACUCCCACACCGGCAGCAGUGUCUUUGCUCUCUGCAGGUGCACUUCAUCUGUCAGACAGAUUUCUCCUCAUACCUCUGCAUUGUUUCUCUGAGUUAUAACUUUGGCUGGUGGUGAUUAUCACUCUCGUCGACUUCCCAUUCAUCAUCAUUAACUAAUUUAGCACUGUGGAAAAGACUGGCACAACCUCCAUGGGAGAAACCAAUUAGUGAAGGGAAUGAAGCAGAAAAUCAGUGCAAGAUGCCUGAAAGUGCACCGUCAGCAGUGAGACUGUAUGAAAAACAUGAAAUAUGUUGUCAUUUCUCUCUUUUGAGCUGUUCAAUGUCUUUUCUUUCACAGGCCAUACGUGAUCUUGCAGGUCGGUGUUGCAGUACUGGUGGUUGUGUUUCUGUUUUACUUCCUCAUCACUCGUGGCAACCCUCCAAAAGACUUGUUAUUCUUCGGUAAUUAGCACAGUCAUGCUCAUUUCACAAGAUAGGAUAUACAGCAUUUUCACACACACACAUACUAACAUUCAGAGGAUAAUAACCACUUUGCACCAUGUUGGAGCCUAACUCAAACCUCCAUAUAAGGGCCUCCGGGAGUUUCACUUGCAACACACUGUGUUGGAGAGAAAAAAAAACGUGAAUUGUGUUUUAUGUGAUUUCACCUGAUACGUCAAAAGCUGCUUAGACUGAUCAGGCUCAGGACAAAGCUAAGCCAGACUUUCCCUGACGCAUGAGUGACCCAAAACCUCUGCAUGCUGAGGACCCUCAUAGUACAUGAACUCAAAGUAUUCAUUUAAGACCUUGACUAUUUAAAUCAAGGUUUUAAAGCAAUGGUGGACAGACUCUGCAAUGACACAUUUACUUUGAACACCACAAGGACUUUGGUAUAAAGUUGAAUAAGUGAGUUAAGCUUUUAUAAAGUCAUAAUGUUUCAGUAUGUCUAUGUUCCAGCUAAUUCAUGGGAGCUUGAGUGUGACAGAAACAGAGUCAUAAAUCUGUGCUGUGUAGGAGAACUCUAACAACAAGGACAAAGCUGUGGCAUGCUCUUCUCAAUGAUAGACACCUAUAAUCCCCCUGCUAUCUCACCUGUUAGAUACCAGAGAGAUAAACCCGGAUGUCCUGAGGAUUACAGAGACACAGGAGAGACAAAACCUGUUUGUGUAUGUGUGGGUGCGCACUAUGGGGUUUCAAAGAGUGCGUGAAGGACAGAUAGGGAGGAUGUUAUACAGAGUUUUAAUCCAUGGUGUCUGCAGAGACAUGCCUGUGUCACAACACACAGUGAUUCACUUUAUAAUGACAUUCUGAAAAGUCCAGACAGAAAAUCAUUGCAACAGCUUUGGCAACUUUCUCCUCUGAGCUGGGUCUGUGUUCAGCAUUAGUUAGUGGUUGCUCAUUUAAUGGUCUCUAUUCUGGCUCUGUGUGUUUUAUUUUGUCAAUCAGUUAUCCCCACAGCCAAUGUAUGCAAUUUGAAUGUCCCCUCACAGCCAGACCUCCCCAAUUAGUCUUAACAGCUUUAAAAAUGAGUACAGCAUUCGCUGCCUCGCACUGUUUAGCCCACAUGCUUAUUUGGGCAACAUUUUGCCUGUGGGUAACAGUCAAAUUGGCAUGUUUUCCAUUAUAAAAUCCUUUCACAGAUUAUCCCAGACAGCAGAGGUACCCUGUGUGGUUGCCUGAACUGGUUUUGACAUUCUGCAGUUAUGUAUAUUGUCCUAUAAAAAUUCAUGCUGAACUGCAUACUAAUGAUGGCUUGUUAAGGUCCAUGCUAACCACCACCUCCUGCGCUCACAUGCUAAAUCUCCAACAAGCAGUUGCUGAUGUUUUAAUUGGCAAAUGUGUGGCUUGUCCUUUUUUAUUGUGUAUCAGCAGGAUCACUACCUCUAAAAAGGUAACCCGUGGUUUCAAUAGCCAAAAUUUUUUUAAAAGACUAAAACAUCAGCUGAUAUUAAAAGUCUAUUUUUUAACAGAGUUUGUAGUUGUGUUGGAAAGUCUGUCUUUGUAUUAUGUGAACUGAUUGUGUAGUGAAACAAACACAAACGAAAAAGGAGAAAUCGGUGUCUCUGUUAUCUAUGCAUCAAAGCUUUGGCAUAAAUUAGUCAUUUCAACCGUUAAAUUCUCUUUCAAGGGCCCACAGGGAGUAGAAAAACCUUGGUUUAAAAAAAAAAAAAGUCGAUAACAGCUAUAACACCAGUGGGGUCAGUGAUGUAUAAUUAAUGGUAUUAGUAAGCCCCAUGUGCCUUUCAUGUGCAGAUGCUGAGCUCUUGACCUGAGGAUAGACAUAAGCUGUUCACCGUGGACUCACUAUAAAUAUGCCUCUAGCCUACCUCGCUGCUUUAAACCUCGUUUUCUCUCCACACUGUCUCAUAAAUCAAUAAAUAGCUCAAGGAAAUAUUUUAAUUUGAUUAAAAAAGAAAAAUCUUAAAGCUGGAUGAGAUUAAACAGACAUAGGAGACUUAGGAGGUUGUCUGUCAUUCUGGUCUCGGAGGUCUUGCUCAAUCACUGCAUGUUUGUGCAGUUUUUUUUUCAAAGUUGGAAGAAAAAGUAGAUUGAGUAAUAAUUUCAAAACUUUCAACAUCUCUGUGUUUCUGCAUGACGUGUGUUCAAAGCUGACAAAGCUGCUUAGUGUGCCACAGAUUUCAAGUCCGGCAAGUUUUUUCUAGAGUGUGGAGCUGAUAUUGUGCAGUGUCAGCUACAUACUAUAUACCACUCUUCCUUACACACACACCUAAAAUGAAGUAACUUUUACAGUCAAAAUUUCAUGACUGCUAUCAGCUUGAUGUUUUAGCUUCUAUGCUCUGUUUCUUACUUUGCAGUUUUUGCUGAAUUUUCCUUUACUUGUAUCAUUGACCUGGUGAGUGCUCUGGAAUAUGACGGCCUUAUCUCUGGCUUCAUGGAGUUCUACCAAAAAACAGUGAGUUUCUUAUUAUCACAAGUAAAAUGUAACAAUGAACUGACCCCAUGUCCAACCACAGGAAGCUUCAUCCGAGCCCAUUGUCUGUGUGAUUUUUGUGCUCUAGGGGGAGCCUUACCUGGGAACACCCUACGCCAUCAUGAUGUGCUACUGGGACGGGAUAGCACACUUUAUCAUGUACCUAGUAAUGAUCAGCAGGAUCACAGACAGGUAGGGUACGGUCCUGUCGUUCCAUUUAUAAUGCCUUUUAUUGUAAAAACCUGUUUCUCCAUAAAAAAGUUAUGCUUGUGGGGAUUUUUUUAAUGAAGGAAGGAACCACUUCUAAAACAGUUGGGAAGCUCUGUGAAAUGAUGAAAAAAAUAGAUCUGAUGGUUUUCAAACUAUUUAACUGUAUUUGAAAGUAGUACAACAGCAACGUUUCACACGUUGAAACCAAGAAAAUUGACUGUUUUGUGAUUUUUCUUUACUAUUACUCUAGCAAUAUGUUUAAAGAGAAGUUCUGUUAAUUCUGAGGAACCAAGAGGACUAGUUUCUUUUUUAAGGGAAAUGUCCCAUUCUUGCAUAAUUUAGGAUUUUAGCUGCUCAGUGGUUAGUUUCCUUUGUUGUAUAUUUAGUGUCAUGAGGAACCUUUUUUUCAAUGGAAGACAAGUCAGGUCUGCAGGAAAAUUUCUAUUUGACAGACCACAGGACAGUUUCCCACUUUGCCUUAGUGCAGUGGUUCUCAAUCCAGUCCUCGAGCCCCCCCCUGUCCUGCAUGUUUUGGAUGUUUCCCUGCUCCAACACACCUGAUUCAAAUGAUCAGCUCGUUAUUAAGCCAUUCCAGCAUAACGAGCUGAUCAUUUGAAUCAGGUGUGUUGGAGCAGGGAAACAUCCAAAACAUGCGGGACAGUGGGGGCUCGAGGACUGGAUUGAGAACCACUGCUAUAGCCCGUCACAAAUGGACUAAUGCCUGGAAAAAUCUUGAGAGUUUCCAUAUCAUGUAUAUUUAUGACUCCCUUUUUGCAAGGUACAGUGUUAGUCAGCAUUUGUGGAUGCAGUGAUGACCUGUGUUUACAGACCCAGGAGGAGACUAAAAGAGAUUUUAAGAUUAUGCAGUGAUUUCCACUAUAGAGUCAUGUCUAUUUUGAAUGCAGUGCAGCCUCAGCACCAAAAGAUGACUGCCAUCUAGUAUUGGUUUUUGGCCUUGUCCUUUUUUCAAAAUGGUUUCUCCAGACUGUCUAAAUCUUUCGAUGUUAUGUAUUGCAGAUGACAAAAUUCACUAAUGAUUCAUAACUACACUCCUAGAACUAUUAUGUGGGAGUUUCUGAACUAAUUGCUUACAUGGUCUCUCAGAUAGUUGUGAACAUAUUCAGAGAGGCUCAGCUUCUCUGAAAUACCUCUUUUCUUUAAUAUCCAGUCAUGUAAGUAACCUAUUGCAAAUUAACUAAAUGAGUUAAAAAUGUUCCUCCAGCUGUUUUCUUCUUUUGAAGUCUUUACACAUUUUUGGGGGUGUUUAGUUAUCCUUGUCUUAACUUUUUUGGAACUUCAUCUAAUUAAAAAUUGGCAUACCUUUUCAUAACUAUAUAUUUUUAUUAGCUUCAUAACUAUAUACAUUUUUAUUAUUUUCAACAUUUGAUUUGUUGUUUUAAAAUAUUUUCAGUUAAAUACAGGGUUUAAAAAGUUAUUUUGCUUCAUCCACCUGAGGAUGAAAUCCCAACUUUUUGGCACUUUGGGGGGAUACUUGUAUCACUCUGGUAACUUUCAUAUGCAGCCUUUCUGCUGUCCCUCACACUUGAUCAUUUUUACAACAACAGCAUUCCUCAUUAAUUAUAUAAUAUCACUGUACAAUCCAGUUAGAGGUUCUGGUUGAGUCAGGCUUUGGUUAACAUUUAGAAAACUGAAAUUGGACUCAGCAUGUUACAGCUACUGUAAAAUAUUAAAAAUAAGUGACUGAACUACAAAAGUUGCUCAUCCAACAAAGCACCCAGCUACUUCGAGGGUUGUAAAAGCAUUAUGCAUGUAUCAGAAAUAUCACAGCGUUGAGAUAACACUCUUCUACUCAUGAUUGCUUCAGGCUAGUUGUUUUCAUAUGUUUCAUUUUUGAGAAGAAAUAGAAAUGCAGAUGAGAAAAUCACAGUGAGGUUUAGGGGCUGUAUUUAUCACAUCCAAUUCAAAGAAAAGCCAGAAUAAAACUGUAUUUUUAGAAAAAAGAGUCCUCUAGAGAGAGAGUGAGUCAUAAAGUUCAGCUCCAGAGUUCAGGAGUUCAGAUCAGCAGGUGUAAAAAGAUGGAAAUAAAACCUUUUUCUCAACUACAACUGCUCACCACUGGGAGAAUUUGUGCCGGGUUGAAAACAAACAUACUGUGUCUGUUUGAUGUAUUUGAAGUUAAACCACUAGAGCCGUGUGUAACCUCACCCAGCAGAUACUAGGUACAUCAAACUUAGUUUUCCUCUAUCUCACCUGCUUUCUCUACACUAGUAUAAACAGCCUCAUUUUUUUCUUUUGGUUUCCCUCCCAGGAAAGCAUACCGCACCGUGGGCUUGUUCUGGGCUGGUAGCUUGACUGCCAACAUGAGUGUGUUCAUUUCUGGAAUUGUGGCAGGUAAGCCUCAUCUUUUAUUCUCCAUCUACCAGCCCUGUGGUGUCAACCUUUAAUCAAGUGAACAGCUGCACAGCCAUGUACCAUCAGUGUCACAGUUCACCUGCCAACAAAAUACACACAUACACACACACACUUUGCCUGAGUAGCAGCACAGAGAACAAAGAAUGAAACAGACUUAAAGCAUCUGUUGUUGGCAUUUCAAACUGAAUACAUAAGUGUCAUAACAUCAAACUUGUCUGUAGGCAACGUGUUGUUUUCUCUGUUAUGUUAUCAUAGACUCAGUAUAUUGCCUGGAGUUUCCAGUGGGAGUUUUUUUUUUUUUUCAAAGUUUAAUUAUCGAUUUGCAUUUGAAAGUGUACACUGUUCGUGCACUGACAGAUGAAAGUCUCCCUUUUCAGGUAAAUACGCGUCUGAGAUCCAUCCAGCCUUCUGGCUCAACUUUCUCUUCCUUUUGAUGCCAAUCAUUGGAGCUGUGACAAUAUUCACCCGGCCCAAGGACAGGCCGCUAAUCGGCGGAUACAACGUGAGUCUGAUGGCUGAAUGGUUAGACCUUGUUUGGAAUGUGGGGAGCUUGGAGAUGUACUGUUUUCAGGAUAAAUUUAAUCAGAUGCGUUCCAGUUGAAUAUGAUCCAGAACAUGAAAGGUGAGAGAGGGCAGUCAGUGUGGUCGUUUUAUUGUGUCGGUCUUAUUAUGCAGUGUACUAUACAGAAUCUGAAAGAUAAGCUGACUAUGACUGCAAGAGGGGCAACAUUGUUUCACCAAAAGUCAGCAUGAUGACUGCUAUUUUUUCGUCACAUUUUCCAUAAAUACAUCAAAAGUCAAACAUGAAGCAGCUUAUCCUUAAAUAACAGUAAAUGAAAUUAUGUUAAAUGAUCAACAGCUACUUUGUAUAAUGAUUGCAGUGUAACCCUCAUCUACAGUCUUCACACAUGUUCAAGUGAUAUUAAAAAAAGACUAAUAUUUAAUUCCAAGUAUUCAAUACAUGACUCGUUAAAUAUGUGAGGUGCCCCUUGUGUUGGGAAACACAUGUUAUUUUAUUUCUCCUAUGAUUCAACUCUAUGAGACCCAUGCGGCACCAAACAGGGUCAUUCCCAGAGCCCCUAUUUUCCUCAGAAGGGUUGUAACCGAUUUGUAAGAGAAGAGAGUGUGGGACAUUUACACAUUUGGAUACAAAUAUGACUACACUGGAUUGAAAUGUCUUGACUGUAUCUUUUGAAUGCAAGUUUGUUAUUUCAAGUAGAAGGUGAUGUUAUGUCAGUGUUUUUCUUUUUCUUAUUUAUUUAUUAUUUUAACAGAAUAUGUCAUUUUCCUCAGGGUGACCAUGCAGGUUUAAGGCCUCUGAAAACCACAAACCUUAUUAAUUCCAUAUCUUCCACCCUUUGGAAACUCUGGUGUCAUUACCCUGUGAGUCAGAGCUAUGAAACCUUUACCACCACCCAGCUUUAUUCUUUUUAUUCUGUUAAUAUCUCCCAACAGGCCAUGAUGGUUCAGACCAUGAAGUUAAUCUGGCGUCCCAAGGAUAUGAUCCUGCUUGUACUCCUCUUUGCUGCUAUGGCUUUCACCAUCCUCAGAGGCCUGGUGAGUGAACAUCAUAUCCCAAGAUCAGAGAGCUUAGAUUAAGUACAGAAGGGAAGUUUAAAACUAACCUGCAAAUCCUGAUUAUGCAUUAUAAUAUAUCGAGAUAAUGGCGAUUUAUAAAAGUAUGUUAAGCUACAUGUAUCUAUCUUUAAAGCAUCAGGCAGCGGAUAUAUAUAUGGGUCUAGACAGAAUGGGAUCUCACAUCUAAGCGCACAAAGCUAGUUACAUUGCAAAAAAGCAAAACAUGUAACAAAGACACAUUUUAAUUUAGUGAGUUUAAGAGUUGCUGGUUGAAGGAUCUGUGAUAAGCUAAGCUAACCCUCUUUCACAGAAUAGUUGUGUGACUUAUCAUCAUAAUCUGAGCAAGAAAACAAACGAUCAAGCCUCUUGAAAUGUCAAAUAAACAUAUUUUCUUUCUCCUGGAAAAUACAAAUACUCAAAUGUUAUGUCUGGGAGGAUCAAUGUUUUGCAUUGAGUUGAAUUAUACCAGGAGGUGUUUCUCUUACUUGCCAAGGUUGCUCUGGACUCUCCACUGGAAGCUUGCUCCAUCUACCUGAAGCACUAUGAGCCCUACCUGAAGGAUCCUGUGGGCUACCCCAGAGUUAUGGUGAGUGUUUUUCUUUUCUUUCUGUCUUUAAACUUCCCCACUGAGUCUGCAGCAGCAGCAGCAAUUGAACACUCAUUUCCUGCUUGUUAAAUAACAAGCCACAUAAUGGACCCCUGCUUUCAUGGUUAUCACUCGGAGUGUGCUGGAACCUCGCCUUUAUUGUUUCCACUCUUUCAGCCUGUAGCUCAUUACAGGGACGUUUUUCAUCAUAACAGCAACAAUGAGCAAAAAUGAGAGGCCAGUGCAUCUUUGUGUCCCUUUUUUCAUCUGUGUGAAAUAGAUAAGAGAUUAUCACUGCCACUGGAAGUGAGUCUGAUCUCAUUUUGUUUUCUUCUGCUGAACCCACCUGUCUGAGGGUUUUGAUGUGUUUUGUUCAGGGUGCACGGCUUUGUCAGUAGGUUAUCCAAAGACCUUGUCGGGGCUGCAGUUCAAGCACAAUUGCGAGUCAUUGAUCAGAGGAACGCACCGCAUGCUGAGAACUUGAUAAGCUAAUCCCUCUCUUGAAGCCCCCCAUCAGCAACUCACUGGGUGGGAGGAUACUGUGUGUGCAGCAUGUGAAGUAUGUCUGGGUGAGUGUGUUUGUGUUUAGGGAGUUGAGUCAUGCAUGGGUUCUUGUGUGGAUGUGGGUCUAAAGAAAUGUAAUGAGGUUUGAUUUCCUGCACAGGGUCACGCUGUCUCUGCAGAGACUGACCUCUUUAUUCAUUGAUGCUGAUGAACAAUAUGUGACAUCACCAUGGCAACACUUAAAAGGCAUUUGAAUAAAAAGACUGAAGGGCAUAUAUGAUUGGUUUUUGGGCCCUGGGCUGAACUUAUUAGAAUUCAUCUAAAACUCAGAGCCAGAAUGAAAAGAAAGUGUUCACUGGUAUAAUUUGAGGGUUUUGUAAAAAGGGAAAGUGGGUUUAUGCACUAAAUAUUCCAUGCUGAAGGUCAAGACAGUCUCUGUGCUGACCCUGAUGUGUGGAAGUAGUGAUUUGGGAUGAGAGUGUGGAUUUAAAUAGAAACCCCAGCGCUGCUCUGUAGGAGCAAUAUUCCCAUGGCAACCAUCUUCCUGUGACAUCUCACUCAGGGUGUGAUACUCAUUCCCUGUAGUUAUCACGUUGCAUUGCCUUGUCCCAGCUUGUAAAUCACACAAACUUCUAGAGUCUGACAAACUGUUAUCAUUUCAUACCAAAUAACAAGAAACUACAAAGACAAUGGAUGGGGGGAAUCCAGGUCAUACAAGUUAAAAAUGUGUUUGACAACCAUCAGUUAUCAUCAGACCACAGCUUACCUUAGCAUUCAUGCAGGCACCUCCUUUUAGGUUAAAGCUCCUGUGAGGAACUUUUGGCAAUUUUGGCGCCCCCUGGAGGAAGCAGUCUUUGCUUACCUUGUCUUCUACAUGCUUAACUGAGUGAUAAUUGACACAAAAUCUCAUCCUGCUGACAAAUGUAUCAUUUAAUGUGACUAUUUUAAUAAUAAUAAUGCAUCAGAUUUGGGGCAGACUGACGGAAACGUGGCUGCAAGUUUGCACCUACGGCCUCUCCGACCACCACCACACAACACUCACAAUCAUACACCAGUGGAGGACACACACAUUGGGAGAAAGGUGGGUUAAGUGUCUUGCCCAAGGACACAACAGACAGACUUGGGAUAGGGGGGAAUCGAACCGCCAAACUUUCGGUUAUUGGACAACCGCACUACCUCCUGAGCUUCUGCUGCCCUAUGUUGAUUUGAAUUGGUAAAAACAGGGCUGUAACUUCAGUUGCUUGGUUGACACCUACCCCCUCCCACUCAUCUAAAGCAGUAAAAUUUACCAUAGAAACAAAGGAAGUCUUGUCAGUUAGGGUCUUGUUCGCUUUUAUAUUUAACAAAAAAGCAUCAAUAUAAAAUUCAGCCUAUUUCAUAAACAUCAAAAUUCUACUCACAGUAGCUUUAAGCUAAAAAUAAAAUGUUCAAUGUUUACCUUUAUUUUCACAUUACUAGAUAGUUACUGCAGUGAAUUACAAUACCACUUUCAGAUUGUCUGUAAUUUUUACAUAAGAAUAAUACAGUAUUUUAUUAGCUUAUCACAGUUGUAGCACUUAGUGAUAUCAAUGUUUAGAUCCACUUCAUCUUUACUUUUUUUGUACCAUAGCUAGCUACAUAAUACCAUGUGCUGUUUAUUGUAUGUUAGAGGCAGACACCGGACAUGCUCUGAAAAGCAUUUUCAUGUCUACGCUUAAACUUAAAAGUUAUCAAAGAAGUAGUAGCUCCUCGCUCAUGUUACCUGCAGCCUGGUAGCGAAUCUCUUACAAGUGUAAAUUCUAACUUUAAAUACAAAAUUUCUGUCCAAACUUUCAGUGUCGAAUGACUUUAUAGUUUCUUAUCAGUUGAGUUGUGCUGUAAUGAAAACAGUUGUCACUGUUUGAAUGACUUACACAAUAAAACAAAGCAGUCCAUCACCAUGACAACAUUUAUUAAACAUUCUUGCUCAAGGGAAGGUAGUCUGAGAUACACUCAGGCAGUUUAAAAUGCAUGAUGCAAUAUUAAAAUGAUAGUAUAACGCAUUGUUAGUGUAGGAUAUAGAUGGACCUUUCUGAAGGGUUGGGCUCAUUUUCUUUGCAGUUCUUAACUUCAUUUUGUGGAUCAUUCAUACCAAGUUGUACUGCAGUUUUGAUCAGUAUUUCUGCACUGAUAGUGAGCUGUACAGUAGGGGAUAAUUGGAGGGUGAUUAUAUUUACAUAUUUAAGGCAGGCUUCUCCUUUCCUGCAGUGUAAACUAGAGUAGAAUAAGGAUGUUGUGUAUUGACGAUCUGCUGGAGUGUUGGUCAUGGGCCAACAAAAACAUGGAGUGACAGUGAUGAAGUGGAAUUCCCUUGGCACUGUGUUGUAGAUCCAGAAUGCCCUUUUAAUGGGCUGCACACUGCAGUAUAAUACACACCAAAGCCUCAUUUAUAGUAUACAAAUACACAAGAGUAGACUCUAUUUUAGAUAUGGGACAAAUUCAUUACAAUGAAAACAAAUACUGUCAGUAUUCAAUCAAAAUUCAAACAAUGAAAUAGUAUUUCAGAUUAAAUUGCAGUUGUUUUUCUUUCCAUAGAUGCUGCACUUGUUUUUCUAUGGACUGCCUCUACUGGGAGCAUGUGUAUACGGGCUCCUCAAACCUGGGUGCACAUGGAUGUUAGACUGGACUGUGUUCUUUGCAGGAGCCGUGAUCCAGGUAACACCUUGGAGACAAUCUGUUCUUAAGUGAAUCUGAUGCUGCAUAAUGAGGCGGUUACACAGUUCGUUGCACAGUAUUGAGUUAUGGUGACAUGCUGUCCCUGUUUAUAUCAAGUUUUAAAUCACCAGCAGUUUGUCUUUGGAGUAAAGAGGUCCAUCACUUGUUACCUCCUUGUACUUAGCUUUCAUUCGUUUAAUAACAACCUGAACCAUGUUUAUCAUUUGGAGUAAAUUUUAAGUGAUAAACAAACUGGCAGUGGUUUCUCCCACGCUUAACUAAUGAGGAGCCAUGAGGAAAGAAUUGGUCAAUGCCUUUGUUUUCUGUUUACGGGCGUAUAGAUUCUUCCCUCCAUGUUUUCAAAAGAGCCAGCAUCUAAAGUCUGUGAAUCUCCUCCACACUGCUUCAUCUUUUCUUUGUUUUUUCUGUAUGUUGAUAAAUGACUAACAGGGGAGACCUAAGGUAGCUCAAUCCCUCUGUAGUCUCUUUGAAAAGAAACUUUAGAGUGUCAGGUGAACUGCUGCACAAGUGAUUGUAGGACAAAACUGACAGCAGUGAACAUGUUGGUGCUGAUAGGAUAUUACGUAUGUACCAAUGACAUGUUGGGUAAAUUUUGUCCUGUUUUCUGUGUUAUCCUUUAGUGUCAGUGGGCCCACAUUGGAGGGUCCCUCCACCCUCGCACUACGGCUCCAUUUCAUAUCCCGAAUGAUGCGUUCUGGAUUGUGCUGAUAUUCAACUUACUCUACACAGCCACUCCCGUCCUUGUCGCCUUAAGGGUUCACAGUAAUCCCUAUUUCUUCCUGAAGAUUGCUCCUUUCCCAGGGCAGACAGGUUUGCCAAACAGUGAGGAGAAAGAUACCAAGUACAAAGACAAGUAAUCAUUAAACUUUUCUCUGACCUUUAAAGUUAAACUGAUGAGUUAUGAAAAGCUGCUUUAUUUCCAUCACCAUUUUGCAAAAUGUCAAAACACAAGAGUUUGACGCUCAGAAUCCUUGGAUUUAGGGGGUAUUAAAAAGUUUGAAUCCAUCAUUUCCAAUGCUUUUGUCAUGCAUAUAGCGAAAAAAAAUGAUUUGUAAGUGGAGCUCCUUGUCAGGCUCUAAAAGAGGUAUUGGCUUGUGAGCUGAUCUGCUGAUCCAACAGUGUUCCAAACUGAUAUUUCAACAUGUCUAUUUUAUGGAUUGCAAUCCAAAUUGUCCAGAUGUUCACGGUGCUAAGAGGAUGAAUCUCAGGAUUCUGCAGGCCCCACUGCAAUUUUGACAUAUUUGGCCUUUUGAGCAUUAAAGGGGCACUUUGGUAUUUUUCAACCUGGUACUUGUUUUCCCAUGUGUGUGUGUGUGUGUGUGUGCUUGACCGAUGGAGAGAACAAUUUCUGCAAUUGGUUCUGUACUGAGGGAGAGCGGUGCAGCUGGCAGCCAAGAAACAAGGUACAACGUAGUUUGAUUGCGCAAUUGCACAUCGUCAAACUGCAUCUACUACAAGUGCUUUAUUUUACCACUGGCAGGCUUAGAUUGUUAUUGGGGAAACAGAUAGGAAAAUGGGUGGAAAAAUGCUGAAGUUUUCCUUUAAGUUGAUAAUUUUGCUGGAUCUCCAACAAAUCAAGUAAGCUUAAAAAUCAAAAAAAAUAUUGCAUUUAUUGCAAAAACACAUACAGACAUGCUUGGUGUCAGUUUGAUGCAUUCCUGUGCUGCGUGUCUUUCAUGCUCUCUGCUCCCCACAUGUUCUGUCUCUCUUCAGCAGUUCAAUCCAAAAAAAGGUAAAAAUGCCUUAAAAUGAGUUAAAAAAACAAACAAACAAACAAAAAAAACCCCGAAAUAACUGCUGUGAAAUUUGACUAUGAGACCUAAAAUGUAAAAACUGCAGUCGUCCUGGGACUUUUCCUCUAGCACCAUCAUCAGGUCAGAAUCAGUAUGAUUUCCAGUAUUUUGGUUUUAAGUAAAUACCUGCCUAACUCACAACUUUGCCUUAGCUGUUCUUAUGCAAAGCUCUUUAAGAAAAAUAAGCAUGCUAACUCACAAGGAUGGCUUCCCAUUUAACAAAAUAUUUUCUGAGCAUCAGAAUACUAGUAGCUCUGCCAGUACAAACUAACACUGGGACAGAAACUGAUAACAUGAGUUAGCUUAUAUAAAAGGAAAAAAAAAAGAGGCUUAUACAUAAGCAAGGAGGUUUUUUUUCCAGAUUAGUUCUCUGUGUUCUGUUUGACGAUCAUGCAACAAUCACUUCCUGUGCAAAUCAGAGGCUUCUCAUUCCUUACAGGUUUAACAGUUGUUUCAUAAUAAAUAUUUAAAAUCUCCAGCCUGUUUAAUUCAUGAUUAUUUUACACUCACCCUUAGAGACACUGUGCACUCAUUCUUGCACUUGUCCUUACACCUUCACUCUGUUUUCUAAGAUGUCAGACACAAACAAAAGCACAUUGUUUAGAUGAGAGUUUUUCUUGGCAGCACUGGGUGACCGCCCCUUUUUGGCAUACAGAACUGAAUGUUACAGAACAAACCCCACAGCCCACGAUGACAGAGCUGGAGGAGCUCAUGGAAGUGCUGUAGAUCAUUGUCUAUGCAACAAAAUAAGAGCCUGGGAGUUUUCUACCCUACAGUGUGUGAACACAGAUAAAAUAUAAACAAAUGUAAGAAACUGUACAUGGAUCUUUAUGUUACCUGCUCCAAACUUUGGAAAACAAACCAGCGGAAGAAAUAACAAGGUUGACAGUUAUCAGUUUGCGUUUAUGGAGGAAGAGAUAAGACAACAGCUGUAGAAAGUUUAACAAUACCCAAACUGUGUACCUUAAC